UACCGCGAUGCCUUCACCGCAGCAGCUCAGAGAAGGGACAACAUUGUGGGUUUUACAGUCAAAGUAAAGCAAAUUCAAGAUGAAGCGUGGAAUUGUGGCAAAAGUGCAGCCAUUCCCCAGGUCUGCAAGGUGCGCUAAUAGGCGUAGGAGGGGAGUGUUGAGCCAGGCUCCAGACCCCCCCCUCCUCCUGCAGCACCACCAGCCGUUCAGGUCGAUGGAGGGCUGGGGAAACCUGCCCCAUCACGUGGUACUGGAGAUCUUCCGGUACCUUCCUGUGAUGGACAGGGCCAGGGUGUCGUCUGUGUGCAGGCGCUGGAACGAGGUGUUCCACAUCCCAGAGCUGUGGAGGAGGUUUGAGUUUGAGCUGAACCAGCCGGCCACGUCCUGCCUGCGGCCCACCCACCCAGACCUCAUCCAGCAGAUCAUCAAGAAACACACUCAGCACUUGCAGUAUGUCAGCUUCAAGGUGGACAGCUGUACACAGUCAGCUGAGGCAGCCUGUGACAUCCUCUCCAAGCUGGUGAACUGCACCAUUAAGACCUUGAGGCUGAUCUCCACCGCCAGGCCCAGCUUCAUGGACGUCUCCCAGUCCCACUUUGCGUCUGCGUUGACGGUGGUGUUCGUCAACUCCAAGUCGCUGUGCUCCAUCAAGAUGGACGACACCCCUGUGGACGACCCGUCCCUGAAGGUCCUGGUGGCCAACAACAGCGCCACCCUGAGGCUGCUGAAGAUGAGCAGCUGUCCGCAUGUGUCGCCUGCAGGGGUGCUGUGUGUAGCGGACCACUGCCAUGGCCUCAGGGAGCUGGCUCUGAACUACCACCUGCUGAGCGACCAGCUCCUAUUGGCCCUGUCCUCGGAGAAGCACGUGCGCCUGGAGCACCUGCGCAUCGAUGUGGCGACCGAGAGCCCCGCCCAAGUGCAGUUCCACGCCGUCAAGAGCAGCAGCUGGGAGGCGCUGGUCCGCCACUCGCCCACAGUCAACAUCGUCAUGUACUUCUACCUCCAUGAGGACCUGUUCCAUCCCUUCUUCCAGGACCAGACCCCCGUCACCCACCUGUACUUCGCCCGGGCGGUCAGUAAAGAGAUGCUGGGGCGCAUCGGCCUCCACUGCCCCCGCCUGGUGGAGCUGGUGGUGUGCGCCAACGGGCUGGAGCCCCUGGACGCGGAGCUGAUCCAGAUCGGGCGGCGCUGCACCUCCCUGACCGCCGUGGGCCUGGGGGAGUGCCAGGUGACCUGCAGCGGCUUCGUGGAGUUUGUGAGGAUCUGUGGGCGGAGGCUGACCCAGCUGUCCAUCAUGGAGGAGGUUCUGAUCCCGGACGGGGGAUACAGCGUGGAGCAGGUCCACGCGGAGGUGUCCAGCCAUCUGGGACGCACGUGGUUCCCUGAUAUGAUGCCUACCUGGUAGAGGGGGUGGGGGUGUCCCUCAGCACGUGGCACGUGUUCCGGGGGGAGAGAGAGACAGAGAGACAGAGGGACACAGAGAGAGAGGGACACAGAGAGAGAGGGACACAGAGAGAGAGGGACAGAGAGAGAGAGAGAGAGAGAGGGACACAUAGAGAGAGAGAGAGAGGGACACAGAGAGAGAGGGACACAGAGAGAGAGAGAGAGAGAGAGAGAGAGAGAGAGAGAGAGAGAGAGAGAGAGAGAGAGAGAGAGAGAGAGAGAGAGAGAGAGAGAGAGAGAGAGAGAGAGAGACUUGAACACUUUGACACAUAAGAAGAGAACUGGAACCUCUUUGUGUUAAACCCUUGUUCCUUGUGUUCUCAGUGUUUGAAUGUACAGGGAUAUUGUGACGUUGUUGUUUUGUGGAAUCUUAGCUCAUGGUCACUAAGGAGUCUGUUAUUGGAGAAUGCCAGUCAUCUUCCCAGUCAUCCAUUUUGGAAUCCUCCAUGGAGCUAGCCAGGAAUCCCCAGUCUGUCCACACCAGACAGACGAGUGUGUGUCUGUGUGUGUCUGUUGCUGUGGUUGGUGUAGUGAUUCAAUGUAGGUCGACUCACAAGAGAAUCCUGGGGUUAACUGAUCGUCCUACGGUUGAAAAGCUGCUUUUGUAACUGUCUGGUUGGAGAACCAGACAGCAGGGUGACAGUUGGCUGAAAUUGUAGUAACUGACUCAAGCCACAUUUGCAUAUGUCUGUUCUUGUUCAUUCUGUCAGUGUGGAUAGACAUGGAUGUGUGUGUAGUAGAGGCAUUUUUAUAUUUCUCUGUUUAAAAGGGGAGUCUUACUGCUAAAUAUCUAAUAUUUAGGUGAAGACUUUAUUGAUAAACUUUUUUAUCAAAUGGGACAUUUGCAUUUUGUGCAAAGUGGUUCCAGUUGAUGCCAGCUGGCCCAUAAAGAGCCAUCUAUUAUAAUUAGAACCAUAUUAAAAUAAUAUUACUAAUAGUUAAUAAGAAUACAAAUAAAAUUAUCUGGGCCUUCAGUGUCCAAUACUGCUGAAUGUAUGUUUUCAUUUAGAGAAAUUUGCACAUUUGUUUUUAUUGAAAAGACAACAUCAAACUUUGUAUGCUACUUAUUAAAACUAUUUGAUGAGAAAAAACAUAUAUUUAAUUGAUAGGUUCAUACCACUCAUGUAUAUGGACGAUAUUUGCUUUCAAAAUCAGACUGAUAAUAAAUGUUUUAAAUCCACGUG